AUGUGUACUUUACCGCAGGAUCGUUUGACACCAUGUCCGCCUUUCACUUACAUUGGAUUGGAUGCGUUUGGACCAUGGAAUGUGCGCGCGAGAAAAACUAGGGGAGGACAAGCUAACGCAAAACGUUGGGCUAUAAUAUUCUGUUGCAUGGUAUCGAGAGGGAUACAUAUUGAGGCCGUAGAGGAGAUGAGCACAUCUUCCUUCAUUAACGCACUGCGGAGAUUCAUCGCGCUCAGAGGACCGGUAAAGCACAUUAGGUCGGACAAAGGAUCUAACUUCGUAGGAGCCGUUAAGGAACUUAACUUGAAUGUUAUUGACGUCGAGGACAAAGCCGUAAAAGACUUUCUUUCAGAGGAAAGCAUCACAUGGACUUUUAAUCCUCCAUAUGCCUCCCAUAUGGGCGGAUCUUGGGAACGGCUUAUUGGUACCGUUAGAAGGAUUCUGGACAACAUGUUGCGUAAUACUGACACUAAACACCUCACGCAUGAAGUGCUUACGACUUUUCUAGCCGAAGCGUGUGCUAUAGUGAACCAGCGACCACUGGUACCCGUAUCUGACGACCCUGAAAACCCAGUGGUAUUGUCGCCAAGUACUCUCAUUACUCAAAAGACUGACGUUCCAAAUGUAGAUCUAACCUUGGUAGACUUCUCAGUGAAAGACAUGUUUCGAUCCCAAUGGCGAUGUGUUCAGGUAUUGGCCCAGAAAUUUUGGAACGCGUGGAGAAGAGACUAUCUACAAUCGCUACAAACGCGACAAAAGUGGAAUCACGAACGUUCAAACUUGAAACAAGGUGACAUUGUUUUGCUGAAGGAUCAUGACUCUCGUCGUAAUGACUGGCCAAUGGGAAUUGUUGAAUGUGUUUUUCCUAGUCACGAUGGUCUUGUUCGUAAAGUCAGAGUUAAGACAAUUCGUAAUGGACGAUCGGUUUCGUAUAUCCGUCCUAUUACUCAGUUAGUACUAUUGAUGGCAUAG